AGGAAGGCGACGGAGAAGGAUGUCGAUGCGCCGUCGGUGGUCGGUUUCGGGGUUGACUCGCGCCGCGGGGGCGAUGAGCGCACUUCCCUCCGCCCUGAGAUUGACCUGCUGCUGCUGCUGGCUCCUGCUGACCUGUCUCGUCGUCUUCCUGAUACCUGCAUCCUGCACCAGCGACACGCCGCGGCAGGUCAUACGCCGGACACGAGAACGGCCAGGAGGUGAUGAUGAUGCGCUCGCGCGCGGCAUCACCAGCUAUCUCGACGACGCCGAGUACGACGGCCAGAUAUCCAGUGACAAUGACGACUACGACGAUGACGACCUCGAGGAAGAUUGGUUCGACAAAAAUAUUACCGCGGAGAAAGGUCGGUAUUUGGGUUCGCCUUGCGACCUCGAGUGCAAUCCCGAGCUACUGCACGUAUUCUGUGAUUCGAUCACUGGCUUCUGCGAGUGCGAAAAGUUCUACCCUGUUCGUCUUGGGCCUACUAAGGGAUGUGCCAAACCCAAAAGACUCGGAGAGCAGUGCUUUUAUCGCGCGACGUGCACUUUUGCGGAUCAGCAUUCGACGUGCAUCCAAGUUCAACACAAUGCAGUCUGCGACUGUGAGGAGGGAUAUCACAGGGUUGCUCUUUCUAGGCCUAAUAAGAAGGUUUUCUGCGCAGAGGAUCUGGUGCUGAUAACUACGGACCUCCCGACCCUACUUUGCAUCGCAUCGGGGAUAGCCAUCUUCACGGGAAUGAUAUGCUUCGUGCUCAAACUAUUCAGUCGGGCGAGGUAUUCAAGGCCGCGGCAUUACGCCAACGCCAAUCAUGCACCACCCAUGCUGUUUUCCAGCGACACAGGCAUACCGCUGACUCUACACGGACGACCGUCCUCGCGAUCGAGUCAACGGAGUAACAGCGCCGGGCCUCUUAGUUGCGCGUUCACCAGGAGACCCAGCAGCGGUGGCAGCCGCGGACCAUUGGUACCAGCAUCCAGAGCAGGUGCGGCACGGGCCGCCGCUAUCUUGCUUAUAUCGUGUCACCUUCAAGCGACCAAAGGCAACAACAAGCAUCGACGUACUCUUAGUGAUGUAGCUGAAGGAUCGUCCGACGGCCUCGGUUCCCGCCGUCCUAGUUUAGCGUCGGUUCAUAGCUCGACCUCCUCAUCUCGUAGCUACAGUGCCCGUCGACUCGAGAAGGAGCGAAACGACAAGGAGCAACGCCAAGUGCUUCAGGAACUCCGACUGGCGAAGCAGCGGGAUCAACUGCAGCAACAGCAACAACAGGUGGUGCCGACGCCUAGUCCUAGGACACCCCAUUCUACAGACGAACUGCUGCCUGCGGUCGAAGAGGGAAAGGAAGUUUUUUACAACGAUCAGGUACCGACGACUUCAGAUGUAUCAGACACCAUUCCGACGAUGACGACGACCAUGACGACGACGAUAACAACUUCCAGUGUAAUAACAACCCGAAUGGGUGAGAUUGCGCCUAUGACAACGCCAACGACGCCCGUUUUUGGCACGAGCGUUGCGCCACGGGCUUCCGAUGACAUUUUUCAAGUGUAAUCUUCGUCAAAAGUACACAUGAUGAAGUCAAUGGACGUACAAUUUAUUAACGACCUUUUUAUCGCAUUUGCAAAAACCAACCGCAACGUAAAGCUGGAGGUGUAUACGUAAAAGGAGCACAAUCACUUGCUCUUAAUACAAGAAACUCUAAAAUAAAUAGGCAUGCACAAAUAUCGAAACUAAGCUACAUUCAUACUCUGUCUACAUUAAAAAGUUAACUUGUUUGUAACAGAAUGAUGAAUAAUAAUUUUCUUCUUCAACAAUAUGUAUAUGCACGAGAAAGCGAUAUUCACGUAAUGAUUAACUUUCUUAUUUCGAAAUCUUUUUCCGAAAAUUAAGAGUUUGUAUUUAACAUUAUAUAUUUAUAUUAUUAUUUUAAGUAUUACAUUUUGCAAUAAAUUCCCAAAAUAAUAUAGUUGAUAUAUAUUUAAUCUGGAUAAUUUAAUUACGAGCUCUUUAAAUUUAAAUCUUCUUUUUCGCACUACUGGAAAUUGAUAUUUCGCUGACUUUGUAAUGUCAAUAGAGUAUUAAUGUAAAGGCACUUUCUAAGUGAAUGUACUUGGGCACAAGUGUACUUAAAUGAGUUAUAGAGGGGGUGAAGACAUAAUAAAACAUAUUUUUACUCGGUACUUGCACAGACAGAUAAAUAUUGCGAGAAUGCAGCUGGGCAUUCAAAAAAGAGCAAGAAUUAAUAACGUAAUUAAGCGAAGCAAUCAACAUAAUGACAGAUAAUGUUUCUAUUUGAAUGGCUUGAUAGGUAUAGACAAAGAUAUUGAAACUGUUUAUAAUGUCUGAUUGUGAGAAAAGUGCAUUUAAGCUUAGGUACUUAAUAUAUUAUGCAAGGAAUCUUGACAUUGAUGACAGAAUAUUCCGAUUAUAAGCAGAGAACGAGAAAAAAAUCAGCGUCUCAAUGCUUUGAAAUUAUUAAACAACAACAACUGGACUACAAUAUCAGAUAAAAAUUUUACAAAACAAAUUUUAGAAAAUUUUGUUUGUAAUAUGAAAAUCGUACAUUUAUACUACAUAAUUGAAUUUCUUUUGUAUCAAAAUAUUUUUUGAUUGCACAGAGAUUUAUAAUGCUGUUCGAUUGUGAGAAAAGUGCAUUUAAGCUUAGGUACUUAAUAUAUUAUGCAAGGAAUCUCGACAUUGAUGACAGAAUAUUCCGAUUAUAAGCAAAAAACGAGAAAAAAACCAGCGUUUCAAUGCUUUAAAAUUAUUAAACUGG